ACAAGCAAGAUGGCUACGUAGUUUGUGAGCAUAUACAUCCAUGUUUGUGAAUCGUUCUACAACCUGUGAAAAAAUACUUUGCUGUGUCUGAAUUCAUUGUUUUGGUCGCCAGUGGAUUUUUUUGUUGUAACUCGGCGCUUCAUUUGCACUUGGCAACCUUUAACCUCAUACGUUUGGAUAGAAAUUAGCUUACAAUUGAUACAAAAUGAAGUCGGACGUGGAAGAGCUAAUGCCGAGGCUGCUGCCCGUUGAGUUUGGAGCCGGUACAGAGGUCCUGGACCUGAAUGGACCACCGAGAAACCCCCGGGAAUACCUCCGACAAGUCCAAUUGGAGGCGUCACUAUGUCCAGAGGUGGUGGUUGCUCAGAUUGACCCCAAGAAACUGAAGAAGAAACAAACUGUUAAUGCCUCUGUGGCAGGUUGCCAUGCUGCACCAGUGGGUUUCUCCCCCAGUCUCAGUUGGCAGCAGCAGCAAGUCAGUAACUUCUCAGAUGUCAGACAGAACAUCACAAAGAACAGGAAACACUGGAGCAGCCAGACUCUGGACGACAAUGUGCUGAUGCCAAAGCAAACAGAUGAGGAGGGCUGGAAGAGAUUUUGUUUAGGAGAGACGGUCUAUCUGGGUACUUCGUCCUGCCAAACAGAUGCUAAACCAGAGCCAGCACUGGACUAUAGCAAGGUGGGCUUCCCUCCCUUCCUAAGCAUAGUCAGCAGACUGAACCAGUCCACAGUGCUGAUGGUGUUGGAAAUUCUAAUCAGUUGGUUUGAGGAACGCGAGUUUGUUCCACAGUUGGGUUGCUGGUUGUAUGCUUUGUUGGCCUGCCUGGAGAAGCCUCUGCUGCCUGAAGCCCACUCCUCCAUCAGACAGCUGGCCAGGAGAUGUGCUCAGAUCCGCAGCAAACUGGAGAGUCAGGAGGAUGAGCAUCUGCCUGCCCUCAACCUGCUCAUCUGUCUUGUUGCCAGAUACUUUGAGCAGAAUGACCUGGCUGACCAGCCAGAGUGAACACAGGGUUGAACUGUAGUGACAGAUCAACAAGACAUUAUGGAGAAAUAUGUUGUCAGCCCUCUUACUGAUGCGGCUUUCAGACAGCAGGCUCUACAGUUAAGCAACCACAAACUUAUGGACAAUUGAAGAUGGAGACUCUGCCAACCAAGUAAAAUCGGUGGAGAGAACAUGCACACAACCAUGUCAGGGGUUCCGCACAUGUUGCAAUGAAAGUUGAGGACAGAACCAAAGGGAUUGAAUGGUGACGUCGCAAUCUUUCUUAUUUAAAGUAACGUGAAUGGACCUCUGCUGAUACAACUGGAGAGAAGCCAAAGCAGUAUGAUGUUUAGCAUUUUUGAUAAGAAAUGUUUAACUUUUUCUUUGUGAAUUUAGUUCUGAGGUUUAUGAUCUAUCAAAUGCAAGAUCUGUCUAUUAAACUGUGACGAUUUGUAGAAUAACUACUUGUGUGGACAUUGCUGUUAGCUAUCAAGUGUUUAAGCCACUACAAAUCUCAUAGUUGCCAGUAUUAAUACUGGCCAGGCAAAUGGCAAGGCUCUAUUUCACUCUGCAAAGACAGACAUACUGCUUUCUUCUAUGUCACCUGCUCAGUUUCCACUUGUUUCAGGGUAAUAACUCACCAAACAUGGCGAGGCUGCCAGGAGCCAGCCACUCACGCUCAGCCGCUUGUGGGUAGAUCAGUCAUUCUAAAGGCAAGAAGACGGAUUCCCUCCACUGGUGUUGAACAAAGUUUAGUAAACAUUAGUUUGAUGGUGUGAUUUGAAUAAAAAGGUUGAUAUUGUUCUGCCCUACUGAGGGCUGCAAAGACAA